UCGAAAACAAAAAUGGCGGACUCCGAUGCAGAAGGCACGCGUAGUGGUGACGAGCGUUUGGAGCGUGUUUUGGCAGCACUCAUUUGCUUACGAGCGAGGCGCUGUCAUGCGUACGUCAUGCUGGAAAGUGAAAUUGACAGAGAAGCGGCAAUUUCAAGAGACAUCGAGGAACAGCUACUCGGAAACUCGUUCACCGUAGCCGCCGUUUUGGCUGACAGUGUACCCUCCAUGUGUCGCUCAGUGUGGAGUUUCCAACGGAAUGAACGCUGGUUCGAGGACACGUUGCCUCAUCUGACUGAAUUCUACUUCAAGCAGGCACUGCGCGUUACUCCAAGUACAUUCAGGUACCUUGUAGAGUCGCUGGCUUGUGAUCUCAGCCGCUUGAGCACACAAAUGCGCACACCGAUCUCUGUGGAGAAAAGAGUUGCCAUUGGACUCUACCGCCUGUGCUCUUCUGCUGAGGACAGGACGAUCGCCCACUUAUUUGGUGUAGGUCGUUCAACUGUCAAUGUGGUGUGGCGGCAGUUUUCCACAGCCGUCAUUCAGCAGCUCGAAAGCCAGUGGAUUUGCAUGGUACGGCGCGCAGACAUGGCCGACCACGUCAGGGAAUUCUUCGCUGUGACCGGAUUCCCCCAAGCUGUAGGAGCCCUCGACGGUUGCCAUUUCCCCGUGUCACCGCCCAAGAAGCACGCAACCGACUACUACAAUUAUAAGGGAUGGUACAGCAUGAUACUUUUAGCGCUGGUGGACCACAGAUAUCGGUUCAGAUACAUCCGUGUUGGUAGUCCAGGGAGGUGCCAUGAUGCAGGUGUUCACGCAGCAUCAGGACUGAGAAAGGUGGUAGAGAGUGCUCACUUCAAGUCCCCUCAGGCCAUGAUUGAAGGCACCCGUGUUGCUCCGAUCAUAUUGUGUGAUCAAGCGUUUCCCUUGACUGGAAACCUUAUGAAGCCAUUCGCAAAUCCUCAGGACGGAACACCUGAAAGAGUGUUUAACUACAACCUGUCUAGAACAAGGAGGAUUGUAGAGAAUGCUUUCGGCAGGUUGAAAGCCCGUUUCCGCUUUGUAGCAAAAAGAAUGGAUUGUCACCUGCCAAACUCAAAGCGUGCUAUAAGGGCUGCAUGCGUUUUGCACAACAUCUGCGAGAAUUUCCGGGACUGCGUUGAGCAGCCAUGGGAACAGGAAGCGCAACAACUUGCCACUCUCUAUGUGCAGCCUUCCCACAACACACAAGCCGGCACAGACGAAGGCGAGAAAACGAGGGCUGCAUUCACAGAAUACUUUUCGAAACAAGUUGCCCGUUCCUCAUGAUCUAGU